CUGAUAGCGAGAGCGUGUGUGUGUGUCUAUGAGAGAAGCACAGUCUUGUUUACGGCUCUGACUCCGCGCUGCAGACACCGACGAGGGGAAAGCUGCUUAUUGAGUCGCUUUUGACCGCCGUGGCUGAGUCCGCGAACGGAAUAUUUCGUUUUCUUAGCACUAACGGUUAACGCGGCGCUCGCUCUGCACGCAGGACCCAGCGCGACCCGCGGAGACGGGUUCGGUGCUGCGGAGACUGAGGCGCCGAAAACGGGGUGCGAUCCGUGGAAACAUUUGUGUCCUAGCGGAGCUGGGCGGACAGAGCUCGGUAUAGAGCCUCCGUGAACAGAGGAGUCACACUUUCAUUCAUUUAUUUAUUGAAACCGACCUCGGACGGUCAGGCUCGCCAGUAGGCUCCGUCCGUGCACGUUCAGCGCGGCGUCGCGGACUCGCUAGUCGCUUCUCCCGCAUUGUUUUGCUCGGCGGCGGCGGCAGUGGCAGUGCUAACGUGGGCUAGCCGCGCGCGCGCUGCCCCCCCUUUUCAAAUUCGCUCGCGAGAUGGAGGUUGAGGACGCGGAGCGCCGAAGGCUGAGCGAGACCCUCCGCGUCCCAGCGGCCGCCCCCGCCGCCACGCCGCGCCGCGGCCACAAAUAACACUGUUUGCGCAUCGAGUUUUACACACACACGCACAAAAUUGGAAAUUACAUUUAGGUACGGACACAGUCGCACCGACGGACUGAGGGCGCCAGAGCUGCGAGCGUUGGCAAGUCAAGUGUGGAUUUGCUGGAAGCGCCGGCGAUCGAUCGAUUGAUCGAUCGAUCCCCCCCCAGACGAAGACCGACUGCCCCGGGAGGAGAGUGCGGAGUGUCCGGCCCCGACCGCCGCCAACAGCCCUUUCCUUCCUGCGGGGACGACACGCCACAGCCCAGUGCGGUCAUUCUCCGUGAUAUAGGAAUGAGGAGCCGCGUGACCUUGUUUCUGGGUCUGCUGGCCGCGUCCGCGAUCCGCCUUCGGCCCGCCUGCGCUGAGAUUUGUGGUCCAAGCAUCGACAUCAGAAAUGACAUCAGCGAAUUCAAGCGACUGGAAAACUGCACAGUGGUGGAGGGCUACCUGCAGAUCUUGCUCAUCGGUGACAAGACCAGCAAUGUCAGUCAAGAGGUCUUCCGUACUCUCAGCUUCCCCAAGCUGACCAUGGUCACCGACUACCUACUUUUGUUCCGCGUAUCAGGCCUUGACAGCCUCAGCACGCUCUUCCCCAACCUCACAGUCAUCCGUGGCCGCAACCUCUUCUACAACUACGCCCUUGUUAUCUUUGAGAUGACUAGCUUGAAGGACAUCGGCCUGUACAGUCUGCGCAACAUUACUCGGGGUGCCAUCCGUAUUGAGAAGAACCCAGAGAUGUGCUACCUGGAUUCCAUCGACUGGUCACUUAUCAUGGAUGCAGAGUUCAACAACUUCAUCGCUGGGAAUAAGCAGUCAAAGGAGUGUGGUGAUGUCUGCCCUGGUCUCAUGGAGGAUGACCCUCAGUGCAUCAAAACCAAUUUCAAUGAAAACUACAACCACCGUUGCUGGACCUCCAACCACUGUCAGAAAGUGUGCCCGGAGAAGUGCGAGCGGCGGGCGUGCACAGACGCAGGCGAAUGCUGCCACCCUGAGUGCCUGGGCAGCUGCACGGCACCUGACAGUGACACGACCUGCGCGGCCUGCCUGCGCUACCACCACGAAGGCCGCUGUGUGCCCGACUGCCCCCCGGGCACCUACAAGUUCGAAGGCUGGCGCUGCAUCACCAUGGACCUGUGUGCCCGUGUGCACCUUCCCAAUGACUUUGAUGCCUUCGUCAUCCAUGAUGGAGAAUGUGUGCCUGAGUGCCCUACGGGCUUCACUCGCAAUGAGAGCCAGAGCAUGUUCUGCAGUGCCUGCCAUGGACCCUGUGACAAGAUUUGCGAGGAGAAAGUGAUCGACUCUGUGGACGCUGCGCAGUCGCUCAAGGGCUGCACAGUCAUCAAGGGCAACCUGCACAUAAACAUUCGCAGAGGCAAUAACAUAGCAUCAGAGCUGGAGAGCUUCAUGGGACUGAUCCAGAUGGUGACGGGGUACGUGCGGAUCCGGCAUUCACAUACACUUGGCUCGCUGUCCUUCCUGAAGAGCCUGCGCUACAUCAACGGGGAGGAGCUCAGUGAAGGAAUGUACUCCUUUUCUGCACUGGAUAAUCAGAACCUUCAGUACUUAUGGGAUUGGAGCCAGCACAAUCUGACUAUCAAGGCAGGAAAACUCUUCUUCCGCUUCAACCCAAAGUUGUGCAUGUCGGAAAUCCGCAAGAUGUGGGAGAAGACUGGAAUCCAGGAGAAGUUUGAAGAGGGUGACUUCCGCAACAAUGGUGACAGAGCCAGCUGUGAGAGUCACAUCCUGAAGUUCAUGUCCAACAGCACCACAAGCACCCGCAUCAAGCUGACUUGGGAGCGCUACCGACCUCCAGACUAUCGCGACCUUAUAAGCUUUAUCUUGUACUACAAGGAAGCUCCUUUUCAGAACAUCACAGAGUUUGACGGACAGGAUGGCUGCGGGUCCAACAGCUGGAACAUGGUUGAUGUCGAGCUGCCAGCUAACAAGGACUCUAAUCCGGGUGCCAUGCUUUCAUCGCUAAAACCAUGGACUCAGUAUGCCAUCUUUGUGAAGGCUGUCACAUUGGUUGUUGAUGACAGGCACAUCUUGGGAGCCAAGAGCAAAGUGGUCUAUAUUCGUACCAGCCCCUCAGAGCCAUCAAUGCCCCUGGACAUGCGUUCCUACUCCAACUCUUCUUCAAAGCUGCUGGUGAAGUGGUCACCUCCCAACUCUCCUAACGGGAACAUGACGUACUACUUGCUUCGAUGGCAGCGACAGCCAGAGGACAAGGAGCUCUACAUGCACAACUACUGCUCCAAUGAGCUGAAGAUGCCCAUCAGGAUAUCGGCUACAGGCGUGGUUGAUAUGGAGAACGACACGAAGGCCACCAAAUCUGAUGCAAGGGGUGGGGACAAGGGCCCCUGCUGCUCGUGCCCCAAGACAGUGGAUGAUCUGAAGGCUGAGGCAGAGGAUGCCUCGUACCGCAAGGUCUUUGAGAACUUCCUGCACAACUCCAUCUUCACCCCCAGGCCACCGGACCGACGACGCAGGGACGUUUUCGGCAUAGCAAACUCUACGACACCACGGAGUCUGGGUGGCAAUGGUACCAUACCCAUGGGGAAUGGCACAGACACAGAGCCAGUGGAGCACGAGUAUCCAUUCCAUGAAGCCAUUGUGAGUGGCAAGGAGUGGGCUGAGAUAUCCGGCCUGCGGUCCUUCACCGUCUACCGCAUUGAUGUUCAUGCCUGUAACCACGAGGUCAAGCAUUGUAGCGCUGCUGCUUUUGUCUUUUCAAGAACCAAGCCAGCAGACAAAGCGGAUGACAUCUCUGGCCCCGUAACAUGGGAAGUUGGUGAUAGCAGGGGGGACAGCGUCUUCCUGAAGUGGCCAGAGCCAGCUACCCCCAAUGGCCUAAUCCUAGUGUAUGAGAUUAAGUUCCGCAUGGGGGUGGAGUUGGAGAAGCACGAGUGCGUCUCGCGCCAACACUAUAGGGACCACCGGGGGGCGUGGCUCAACAACCUAGGGCCAGGAAACUACUCCGCCCGGGUGCGCGCAACAUCACUGGCCGGGAACGGCUCCUGGACAGAACCAGUCUUCUUUUACGUGUCACAGCCAAAACAGUAUGAGAACAUCUUGUAUCUAAUGAUAGUCAUUCCCAUCAUCGUGCUGCUUAUCAUCGCCAGUUUGGUGACUGCACUUGUAGUCGUGAACAAGAAGAGAAACAGUGACCGUCUUGGGAACGGUGUUCUGUAUGCUUCUGUCAACCCAGAAUAUUUCAGCGCCGCUGAGAUGUAUGUGCCGGACGAGUGGGAGGUACCUCGGGAGAAGAUCUCCAUGUGUCGGGAGCUGGGCCAGGGCUCCUUCGGCAUGGUGUAUGAGGGUAUCGCUAAGGGCGUGAUCAAGGAUGAACCUGAAACCCGCGUGGCCAUCAAGACUGUCAAUGAGUCAGCCAGCAUGCGUGAACGCAUAGAGUUCCUCAAUGAGGCUUCGGUCAUGAAGGAGUUCAACUGCCAUCAUGUGGUGCGUCUACUGGGCGUGGUUUCACAGGGACAACCUACUUUGGUGAUAAUGGAGUUGAUGACCCGUGGGGACCUGAAGAGUUAUCUGCGGUCUCUCCGGUCCAAAGAGAACUCUUCUGGCCACUCGCUGCCUCCACUGAAGAAAAUGAUCCAGAUGGCAGGAGAGAUUGCUGAUGGCAUGGCCUACCUCAAUGCCAACAAGUUUGUCCACAGAGAUCUGGCAGCUCGCAACUGCAUGGUUGCAGAAGACUUCACUGUUAAGAUUGGAGACUUCGGCAUGACCCGAGACAUCUAUGAGACAGACUACUACCGAAAGGGGGGUAAAGGCCUGCUUCCUGUGCGCUGGAUGUCCCCUGAGUCACUCAAGGAUGGCGUUUUCACCACCAAUUCAGAUGUCUGGUCGUUUGGGGUUGUGCUGUGGGAGAUCGCAACCUUGGCAGAGCAGCCGUACCAGGGCAUGUCCAAUGAGCAGGUGCUGCGCUUUGUCAUGGAUGGGGGGCUGCUGGAGAAGCCGGACAACUGCCCUGAUAUGCUGUUUGAGCUGAUGCGCAUGUGCUGGCAGUACAACCCCAAGAUGAGGCCCUCCUUCCUGGAGAUCAUUAACAGCAUCAAGGAUGAGCUGGAGCCCUCUUUCUGCGAGACAAGCUUUUUCUACAGUGAGGAGAACAAACCCCCUGACAUAGAGGGCCUGGACUUGGAAGUGGAGAACAUGGAAAGUGUACCAUUGGACCCUUCCUCCAGCCGCCCCACUGCAGCAGUCCAGACCCCACCAUCUCAACCAGUGCAAUCAAGCCCUGCACCCACCUCUGCUUCUCCCCCAGGCCCAUCCCCUGUGCCCUCUCCUGGCUUGGGCCCAGACAAGCCUUCAGGACACAUGGCUGCCAAUGGGCCAGCAGUGGUGUUGCGACCGGCGUUUGAAGAGACGCAGCCGUAUGCUCACAUGAACGGGGGCCGCAAGAACGAGCGGACACUGCCGCUGCCUCAGUCCUCGGCCUGCUGAUUCACUUGCCUCCUCUGAAAGGACAGGAGACCUCCCCGCCACUCCUCACACUUGGCAUGACAGAAAAAGAUGAUAAAGUCAAUGCUGUACUUGUACCUCAGAGGAUUGUUUUUCACCUUUUUUACUCUUACGACCGAUGACAUUUCAUGAGAAAACUUGGGAAAGCCUGCCUGCUGUUGCUUGACAGGCACAGAAUCAAGUCUACCAGUUUAAACUGCAGGGAGGACUCCAUCAUCCUCCUUUUUGCUAUAUCAGUUUUCUUCAGUUUUUUCACCUGGGGGAACAUCAGUCUGAAAGGAAGUGCUGCUUAUCAGAACUAUUACAGAGAUGAGGUAAAUUAAAAAGAAACUUAGCAUAAGCAUUUUUUUGGAGGGUUUUCAAGUGAAGGUGUGCUUAUCUUUGUUUUUCUGAUGGCACGGAGAACACUUCUCUGCAGAAUAAAUCUGUGCUUCUGCCUAUGGGGAUUGAAAGAUGUGUGGAGGCAGAGGGGCAUCGUAAUUUCAGAGUCUCCAACUUCUUACUGUGACUUUGAGUCUCUUCAGAGCAGGUCGCCUGGCCCAGGGCGUGUACAACAGCAGAGGCCAGCGUCUUUCAUAUCUGCCAAAUUUUUGCCAAAAUUGAACUUUAUUUCUUAAGCAUUUAUUAUUUGUUACUCCCUUUUUUGUCACCUUGUUUGAGCGAGGAAACGGCGGAGUUCAACGUUUCAGCACUCUACAGAAAUACACUGGUGUAUAUUUUUAUAUCACAAUGACAAUCAGCACACUGAAGAAUUGGCCUUUUUCCCAGCAAACCAUUUUGGUGCGAACAAGAGGGCAGCCCGGGGCUUUGGCUGUCAUUCUUUUGGGCCUUCUGUCUGUUGGGCUAAGCAGAGGAAAGAAGGUAAAGAUGGGCUGUCUGAAGAAGCAAAAAGAACUUGGCACCAAAAAGCAAAUAAUGGAUUGCAAAGUCGAAACGGACAAAUAAAUGACAAGGGAUUGGCGUAGACUAGCAAACUGACUUUAUUUCAACUGAUCGAACCUCCUAAGCAAAGUUUGCAACUAGCAACUGAGGCAUUGUAUCCAGCAGGUAUUUUUUUAGUCUUUAGUCUCUACAAUUGAAACAUUUCUAUAAGGGUCUUACAGUUGUAUGUUAGACCAUGGAUCAUUUACAUACAUCAUUUAUUUGUGUCACUUUUAUAACUUUUUUAUGAUUCAGAUGUUCAUCUAUAUGUCUGUACAGAAAGAAGCUGCUAUUUUCCUUUUCUUUUGUGGAUGUAAACACACACAUAUGUAUAUGGAGUCCUUCAGGUUUAAUCUUUUAUAAUUUUCAGUACAGUCAGUUUCCUUAUGCUUUAUAUUCUAGCAAGAAAGCAUAGUUUUCAUUGAAUUUGCAUUUUUUUCUUUUAUGUUAUUCUGUUUUGCCACAUAUUGUCAAUGCCUUCUAUUUUUUUAAAAGAAUACAUUUUCUUUUGUUUUAGAUACUAUUAUUAUUAUAAUAAUUAUUAUUAUUGUUAUUGCUGUUGUUUCUAGCUCCAUGUGUGAGCGUGUACUCUGGCAUCCUUAUACUAGUAGUUUAGCACUGCGCCUGGGCCCAGCCACCUUGGCGUGACUCAAUCUCAGGUCACAGUAAACUCUUGACUUUUCCUAUACAUUCUCGCUAGCUCAACUUUUAUUUCUCUGUUUUUAAAGAUGAAAUGUGCUGCCGGACUUGCUGUGGCACAGUAAGGUCUACAAAAUACCCACUUCCCCUACUACUAUCUAUUUUCACUGGUUCAAUCUCUCCCUGCGCUGGUGUUUUAACCCCUUCUUCAUGUUCAUUAGGGCUACUGUGAACAUUAGUAAAUGUGGCGUUUUACCAACUGUCUGUAAAAUUCACUUGCAGCACGUACUGCCGCAGAAGGAAACAUUGAUGAUGGGGCUUUGGAGCUCUUGGACUCCAAACACAUUAGCUUGCUACUUAUUGUCAAAACAAGUUUCCACAGCAUCUCAUUCAGUAGUAACGGUGAUGAUAUUUAGCAUGUCACACCUCUUGAAGAUCUUUGAAUGGACUGAAUAAGAGGGUUAAAUUCCAGGAAAACAAUUCCAUUUCAGUGGAAUAUUUAAAAGUGUGUGAUACAUUUCUGAAGGAUUUUUUCUUCAUUGUUCAAAAAUGUAUAUUAUCCCUGCUCAGAUGGAUGUUGCAGGAUUAUUUAUUUUGUGUUUUCUUUUUUGUGAUAUCAGUUUAAAUCACUGUAUAGAUGCCCUAUGAUUAAGUAAAGUUGAAAUAUUUUUUAUAUAUUUUUUCUUUUGUUUAUUGACUUGGGGGACUUCUUCUUUUUUUUCCUUUUAACAUUUAUCUACCUCACUUUUUAAAUACGUGUAUCAACAGAAAUGACAUCUCAAUUUCUAAGUCUUUAAAGAUGGUGUUACCGUUCUCUGCAUCAGGUAAAUUUCACGAACACUACAAACCACAAACUCAGUAGACUGAUCACGCAAAGAGGGGGUAUCGCUGAGGCUUCAAGGAUUCAGUUUGUGAACAUAUUCAUGAUCAUUUAGUUGCAGUCUGAAAUAAAGACAGGUUGAUACUAAGACUGAGUUGGAUCUUCGUUCUGAAUACAUAUAGGACUCUCCUUAACGUGCCGCUGUCCUGUUUGCCCAGAGGCAAGAUACAAAUUACAUCCGAGGUGAUACGAGUGCACACCGGACACACCGUAGCAUGUCCAUCUAAGACCUCGCUGCACUGCACUGCACUGCACAGCCAAGAAUUCUCACAUCACCCAGCCAGCAGUGAGGUCUUUGCUAAAAUUACCUUUUUUCCUACUUUGCUAUUUUACUGGUUUUAGGACAAAAAAAUCAACAGAAAAGUGAGAGGCUGGGGAUGCCAUACAGAAGUAUGAGUUAUAAAGCUGCACUGUUGUGACGUUCACUAGAUUAGAAAGUAGGUACACUUUUUGUGUAACUAGCUUUGGUAAUGCUAAAGAACAGCUAGCCUCAACUAUUUACAGUUCAAAUGAUUCCUACUUUAUAGAGUGAGAAUGCUGGAACCAUAAAAAUGAUGUUUGAAGUAUGACAGAAUGGAAAGAUUUGGUUGGAAACUGUUUUCUCCAAAGUGGUUCUCAUGUGCCUGCCUGUAAUGCUGUUUGUGGAACUAAUAAUUCAAACUUUAUGAACAUGGCAGUCGACUAGACUGGUAGCGGAGCAGAUUCUCGUGGAUGCUGGGUGGAAAAGUGGAAAAGGAGUUUCGUUAAGCCUUGGUAUAAACGGAGCAAGCUGAGCUGCAGCGAGGUGUAAGGUGUGAGCCCACUGGAGAUGAGAUUCCAUGGAUCCUACUACUAACAGCAGCAUCUUCCCACAGGUGGACUGGAGAAGCUGUCAUGCUUCAUUUCCCACCAGAAAAACUAACAUCUAGCCACAACCACUGGACCCCUAUGGUAUAAAAUCUUGUAUUUAUCAGAAUCGGAAUGAGUUUUAUUGGCCAAGUG